AUGUUUGUCACCUUUAAAUUAAUUUCUCUCAUGAAAAAUAUAAUAAAUUUAAAUCUACUAACCUCAUUUGUGUUUGGCAUAAAGACACCAAUAGUCAUUUAUCAUUUUGUUUUGAUUUCAAAAAGUUUUUAAAAUUAUAAAAUUUCCAAUAGCAUUUAUUUAUAUUUUUAAUUCAUAAAAUUUUAUUUGUAUUUAAAAACCCAAUGCUAAUAUUAUUAAAGUUAAGUUUUUAAAUAAAAAAUACACUUUUUAAAUAAUUUAAAUGUUCGAAACCUAUUUGUAUACCUUUUUUUAAAUUUUCUUCUAAUAUUAUUUAUUAUUUUACUAAAUAUAUAUUUCCUACUCCAUAAUAAUAAUUCGAUUUAGGAUAACAAUAGAUAUAUAAAUAGAAAGAUAUAAUAGUUAAUUACAAUAGCAAAAAAUACUCUAACUAAAAAUAGUUAAUUGCAGCAUUAAAAUCGCAUGUUUAAUUAGUAGAGGAUCGAAAUGUAUAAACAAGAUCAAAUGAAAGUCAAUAAGAGUGUUUUAAAUUAUGUCAAGCAUCAUAGAUAUACUCAAAAAAGAACUUUAGAUAAGAGAAUCAUUUUUUAGAGAGGAUGCAAUCGUGAUUUUAACAAUCUAAAACAUUAAAGCAAUUUUGCUACUGUUUUCCUUUUUGAAAAACAGCUACAAUAAAUCUAGUAUAGAAGAAGAAUAACUGCUAAAAUUACUUAAGAGGUUAAACAUGUUAGGCAUUGUUAAAGAAUCAAUUUAUGUAUGGAGUUUAAUAAAAUGAAAAAUAUAACAAAAAUUAAAGAAAGAAAUCAAAAAAAUAUAAUUUUUUAUGAAGAUACAACUUUUUUAUUAAAGUAAAAAUGA